AUGGAAUUCAGAAGAAGUUACGUACCACAUAGACCAAAAAGGAAGAAUAUCCCGAAGCGAGUUGAUUAUCGGAGAGAAGUCAAAAAAUCUCAGGAACUCGAAGAUUCUGAGGAAUCUGAAGAAUGGAUAGAAUGGCUCGAAAUCGUAGAAGAUUUUUAUAAAGGUCGAGUUACUAAAGACCCUUCAGAUAAUUAUAUAAACAUAGAAAAUAUUGAAGAAAAUGGAGAUAUAUCCACAGAAAUAACGACGAAAUCAAAGUGCGUAGACGUUAGUACCCAAACCGAAUUUGACAAUCGAAUGGACGUAUUAGAAAAUGAAGCAAUAGAAGUAGUGACGGCGUUGAAUAAUAUGGAGGAUAUAGAAAAGGAAAAUGCCGUUUGUUCGGCAAUUUCUACGAUUGAAAACCAAACCACUGAGGAAACCAUAGUGGAAAUUCCUGGACAUACUUGGGAAACAGACAUAAUGUUAGAAAAUGAUGUCACUAUUCCAGCUCGCACAGAAGCGAUGGUGUACGCAAAACUUAAGGUCAACUUGAAGGGAAACUCAAUAGUAUGCGAGCCAAUAGAAUUAGGGAAUGGAUAUGUUCAUACAGCUAGCUGCUCGUUAGAAAAUUCCUCGAAAAUUUGGAAAAUAGAUGAUGAAUCGGACUCAGACGAAGAGACAGCGACAGUUGCAAGAUUUCAUCCACUCAUGGUCCCACAGUGGGUGAACCUUGACCCUGAAAUGAACAAGCAGAAUGAAAUGAUAAGCGAAGAUGAUGAAUCUAACGACGGACAAACCGAAAGUGAAUCUGAAGAAGAGGGGUUGCUGAAAGAACCAAUGCCAAUGUUGAGAAGGCACGAGGUGGCCGCUUAUGUUUUAUCUGUCUGUCACAUCUUGGAAAUAACCUUCUUACUGUUAUUCCGGUUCAUGACCCAGGUGAAAGGGACUAUCGCUUACGAUUGUGAGGACAAAAAUAUUGAAACCACCGUUGUUUCAAUCCGCGAGGUCGCGAAGUGUCCAGAAUUGGAAUCCGCGUAUAAAAGUGAAUCGAGCAGAGUCAAGAUUCUGCAAAGGGACGAAAUAAACCUUCAACAGGACAUUGAAAGCAUUACUAUGAAUGGAACCACAACUGCGACCCUGACUAUAGGAGGUUCAGUAGAUUUGGAUGGAUCUUGUCAAGGAUCAACAUACCAUGAAAAUGGACAGACUUGGAAGAAUGUGGUUAUCAUUGCUACAAUAAAAAUUCAGGUGACUGAUUACCUAGCCAGGGUCAAGAUGGACGAGAAUGAACUGGUUCUAUCAGGAGGAGUUAUCUGCCCAUUCUUGAAAGGAUACUGCUUCGACACAACCCUGGGAGAAAUCACGUGGGACGUCAACCCUUUACGAACAUUAAAUAAUCUGACCAAAUUCAUGGGUCCAGUAACAAGAAUUAUUCAAUCCUAUGCAGAUGAGGUAGAUUGUACUGCAUUAACGCCACCGUUGUAUUUGAUAGAUGAUCAAUGGAUAGGAUUAUCUCCCUACCCGACGGUUAAAAAGGCACCAGAAGAGCUAUCACCAGAAUCACAUUUAACGCUGAGCUUUGCCCCUAUCCAGCCAAUUACACUUGGAAUAUAUACUCAGGAGGAAAUAACCAAUGCCCAGAGGAUUUUGACUUUCGGAAACAAAAGAAAAGCUGUGGAAAACAUCAUAGCUCGUAGGGUAGCGGGAUUGGAGACAACCGGGCAAGGUUUCUCUACUUUAAACAUUUCCAACCCGGAAGAGAUGAAGGAGUUGGCACAUAAUACUAUGCAGCAAAUCUGA